AUGCCUAACAGACAGCCUGAGCUGUACGCUGCGGCUAUCGUGCCCUACACGGCUGCUGCUGUGGCGCUGGUGUCGCGGAUCGCGUCGCGGCGUAGGGCGAGAACACCGCAGCUUGUGUGGGAGGACUAUUUGGCUGUUGUUGCGUUUGUAGUUGGAAGUGGAUUUACAUUUAUCAGCCUUUAUAAGAUGCGAUGGGGUCUCGGGAUUCCAUUGGAGAACAUUGGUCUCCCCGAAGACCAGAUUGUGCGCCACUACUUCCUCGAUCUGUGGGCCGACAUGUGGAUGUACACCUUCUCCGUGGGACUGUCGAAAUUCGUCCUCCUGGGCUUCUACUGGCGGACUUUCGGGCUGUCCAUCAUACGGCAGCCUAUACGGAUUCUCUUCGUCUGCUCGGCUUGCUGGAUCGUCGUCAGAGUCACCCUCAUCUCCAUGCAAUGCCAACCGAUCCGCAAGUUCUGGGACCAGGACGUCCCCGGAAAAUGCCCCAUGACGCCCAUGAUGUCGCUCUUCGGCACCGCGGUUCCUCACCUCAUCAUCGAAUGUGCAAUCCUGCUCUGUCCCAUCAUUGAGAUCUGGAGGCUGCAUUUGCCGCUCUCUCGCAAAGUCGCAGUGGCAGCCAUGUUCGCAUCUGGACUGCUUGUCUGCGGCUCAGCCCUAGCAAGCGUCGUCCACACCGUCGCGCUCGAGAAGAAAAAAGACAAGGAUCUGACGUGGGACGGCCUGGACGACCAAAUCUGGGCCGUCUGCGAUGUGAAUCUAGCUCAUUUCUCAACCUCCCUUCCCCUCCUGCGCCCCGUUUUCCGCCCUGUGUUCCGCUCCUGGGGAAGUAUCUUCAGCGGCUUCCGCUCCAGCUCGGGGCACUCGGAGCCCUCGCUGAACGGCAAGUCGGUCCCUACAGUUGGCAGCGCGCCGAAAAAGCGCAGGCGAAACCACAAAGAUGUAUAUGCCGAGUCGACGGUUGAGUUUGCUGACGAGGGCGGGCUGAUGGGGAGUGACGGUAUGCAGAAAGCAAUUGCUUUCCAUGAUUUCGCGCCGAGAAACGAGGGUGUGGAGGAGGGAGAUGGGAUAUAUGUGGGGAAUGAGAGGAGGGUUGGUGGUGCGAUAGUGUAG